CGAGCGCACCCUUUGGGGCUUGAGCGUAGAGUGGGAGGAGAACGCACGCACGGAGAGCGCGCACGUCAUAACGUGAUGACGAAAGAUGCCGCGGUGAUUUUAAAAAUUCAAAGCGGAUAGGCGGUAACGCGCUGGAGGUGGCGGUCCUUGACGCAGUCUCGACUUUUGGCGGCUCUAUGACCCUUCCAGGCCCCUACCCUGCUGGUUCCGAGCCCCGGUGUCUGUCUUACUCUUAAGGUGCCAGACAACUGGAAAGCUCACAGGGAUGAAGCGCAAUUCUGUUUCUACUGGUGCUGCUGGCCGCCAGUCUAUGCAGGCCUUGAGAUCACAGGACUUCAAUAAACAAGGUCUUUAUACCCCACAAACCAAAGAAAGACCAAACUUUGGGAAGUUAAACACAAGUAGACUUACACCUGGCACGUCAACUUCUGAAAGGAAAAUCAGCUUCUUUGGUAAAAGAACUAGUGGACCUGGAUCCCGAAACAGUCUGCUUGGUGUAUUUGGUGGCACUGAAAAAAUCAAAGACCCUAGACCACUUAAUGACAAAACAUUCAUUCAGCAGUAUAUUCGACAGCUCUGUGAGUUUCUUACAGAAAAUGGCUAUGCCUGUGGUGUUUCCAUGAAAUCUCUACAAAGUCCAUCUGUUAAAGACUUUCUAAAGAUCUUCACUUUUAUUUUUGACUUCUUAUCGCCUUCUUAUGAACUUCCUGAUAGUAAGUUUGAAGAGGAGGUUCCAAGAAUUUUAAAAGAUCUCGGGUAUCCCUUUACUUUACCAAAAAGCUCCAUGUAUACAGUGGGAGCACCUCAUACAUGGCCUCAUGUUGUGGCAGGUUUGAACUGGCUUAUAGACUGUGUUAAGCUCAUUUUUGCCAGCAAACAAAAUUCACCUUCAUUUGAUGAUGGACAGCCCUGGGGAGGAGAGAGUGAAGAUGGAAUAAUGCAUAAUAAGUUGUUUUUGGACUAUACUGUAAAGUGCUAUGAAAAUUUCAUGACUGGUGCUGAUUCUUUUGAAGAUUUAGAUACAGAGUUACACUUAAAGCUAAAGGACUUAUUUAAUAUAGAUGAUUCCAAGCUAGAAUCUCUGGCUUUAGAAAAUAAAAGACUAACUGAAGAAAUUGCAAGGCUGGAACGAGAGAAAGAAAAUGAACCGAAUCGUCUGAUAUCACUAAGAAAACUGAAGGCAUCUUUAAAAGCAGAUGUUCAGAAGUACCAGGCAUAUAUGAACAAUUUGGAGUCUCAUUCUAGCAUUCUUGACCAGAAAUUAAGUGGUCUCAAUGAAGAAGUUCCUGCUGUAGAACUGGAAUUGGAAGCAGUAAAGCAGGAGAAUGCCCGGCUACAAAGCAUUAUUGAUAUCCAAAAAUAUUCAAUUGCCGACAUUGAGAGAAUACAUCAUGAAAGAAAUGAAUUCCAGCAAACCAUCAAAAAAUUAACCACAGAACUAGAGACAGAACAAAAGCAGUUAUGGAAUGAAGAAUUAAAAUAUGCUAGAAGCAAAGAAGCGAUUGAAGCACAACUGGCAGAAUAUCACAAACUUGCUAGAAAAUUAAAACUCAUUCCAAAGAGUGCAGAGAAUUCCAAAGGUUAUGACUUUGAAAUUAAAUUUAAUCCUGAAGCCGGUACAAACUAUCCUGUCAAGUACAGAACACAAGUCUAUAUACCACUUAAGGAGCUCUUAAACCAAUAUGAAGAAGGAAUAAGCAACAUUCUACAUAAAAAAAUGGGUUCAGAAGAGACCCUAGAACAAGUGAACACAAUGGUGAAAGAAGUGAAAAGGAGUACAAAAAUGUUAAAUGAUGAGGUCCAAAAACUGAAGGAUCUUAAAGAACAAAAAAUUAAGGAAGCUGAAGAGAAAGACAGAAAAUGUACCACUGAGGUGGAGUCCCUGGAUAAACAUAAACAUUUACUUGAAAGCGGAGUUAAUGAGGGCCUCAGUGAAGCCAUGAGUGAAUUGGAUGACAUUCAACAGCAAUACCAGCUGGUGUUACAAAUGACAACUGAAGAAAGACGAAAAGUGAGCAAUAACUUACAGCGUCUUCUAGAAAUGGUUGCAACCCAUGUUGGAUCUAUCGAAAAGCACCUUGAAGAUCAGAUUGUUAGAGUAGACAGAGAAUGUGAAGAAUUCAUUGCCGAAGAUUUCUUGGAAAAUAUCAAAGAAGUUGUAGACAAGUACCAAAAGAAAGCUUCUGUCAUCUCUUCCAGUGAAUGAAGAAGAAAUGCUAAUUAUUGUAUUACAGAUGCAGACUUCACUUCUUAAGAUGUCAGCACAAAGUCUUUUUUUGUUUUUGUGAAACAAAAGCAUUCAUGGCUAUUUAGAUAGUAAUUGUCUGCUGCCAAUUGUCAGUAUGCAUCAAGAGUGGAAAGCUGAUUUGAAUUUCUGCUCUCCUCACCUACUUGUAUCUUCCAGUCGUUCCCGGAAUUUAUUUUCUAAGUGUUAACCUGCCAGUGUAUGAUAGUCAUUCAACUCAGCUUAUUCUUGAUGGAUCUCCAAAAGACUAUUGAAGGACAAAGUUUAUAUUUGUAUUUAUAAUAAAAAUUAUUCAAAUGAAAAACCAUACACUAUGAUGGCCUUCAGAAAUUCAACGGGAGGAAGAAAGGCAAAAAGUAAUUAAGAGAGUUUUUCUUCCUUCACCUAUGAUAUUACAUUCAAUUUAGGAUUUUUACAUUAUUAUCCACAGAUAUGCCCACUGUGUGCAUAGUGUUAGGAACUACAAAUGCCAAUAGGGCUUGAGCCAUUAAGAAUCAUAAUUUUAAAGAACUUAAAACCUUUAGUGGAAGCCUUAAGAUUCUAAGCACUAACUGCUCUUCCUCCAAAUGAGUGUGGUUCACAUACUAAAACAUGUAUGUAUCUAAUUUAUAAAUGAGACAGUAAGGCAAUUGUGCUUAAGUAUUUGUUUCUCUCAUCAUCUGUGAAUCUCAAUUCUCCUGUGGCCUCUUUGAACUCAUGAUGGCAAUACUCUCUUAGGACAUUUAUCCUUAGUGUCUAGGUUAAUAGAUCUCAAUAAUUGCCUGUUACAUGAAGAGCUCUAUCUCAUUGUACUGAGUAAGUAGCCCUAAUUGGGUCUGUGAUAAUAAUCAAAGCUUGUCAUGUACAUUCUAUUGACAUAAUGCUUGUAACAUUCAAAUACUCAAUUUGGCCAAAGGGGGAAUUCCAUUCAGUCAUUUAUCCAUCACUCCCCUCUGGUCACCAGUCCCACGCCCCAUCAACCAGGGAUCUCACAUUACCUGUAUUAGAAUCCUUCAGGGUCAGGUUGAUCUGUUUCAACAAAUGGAAAAGCUGCAACCUUUUAAAGGAUUGAUUGAGAGUUGUCACAGUCUCCUGGAGCUCUAUGAACACUCAGCUCUGCAGCAGUUUAAUGAAGUUGUUCAGCCAGUGACCUCCAGUCUCUUGUAAUUUCUGGCCUGGAUAGCUUCACCUCAAAGCUCAGGCCAUCAACCCAAAUUUGACAGCACCUGCCUUAUAGUCUUUAAUGAGGAGUAUCUUUCUAAUGCCACAUGAAAGGUAUACUUUUUUUUUACCAUAAGCUCAUAUGUAGCUGUGUAUUUGUGUGUGUAUAUAUAUAUGUGUAUAUAAAUGUGUAUAUGCUGGGGGAGGAGGGAAGGGAGAAAGUGUUCCUAAAUAAAUGUUUUUGGAAAUUG